AAGAGCGAAAAAAACACAACAACACACGCCACACACACAAGUCACAACAGCGACAACGGUCGACGGACGGAGUGCUGGUAUAGUGUCGUCGUCGUCGGUCGAGGUACUCGGUGCGAGUACUUGUACUGCACACAGUGCACAACGGCCGUUCGCGUCGCCGUUUUUCCGUCACCAGUGUACGGUUCGCGUCGUCGAAACGUUAACGUACAACAUCGUUCGGCAUACCGGUACGGUGGUGGCGUUCAGUAGCCCCCCGUGCGCUCGGUACGAGUGUGGUAGUAGUUGCUGUUGUUGUUGUUGUUGCUGCCGCUCGUGCACGGCGGUGGUGUAGAUUAAAAUUUCCGGUCGACCGUUUCACAUCAGCUGCUGCACACGGGCCGCCGGAUCGUGUACACACACAUUUUCACACACACACACACACACACACACUCAGACGUAUAAUAUAUUCGCCUCACCACCGCCGCAACGUCAUCACUCGCUCACCCGCUCUCUCACUCUCGCUCUAGCGCGCGCACACUGCUGCCGCCGCCGUCACCACACCCAGCCGCGCGCCGGCGAGACGACCGCCCCAGCCGAGUGCGAGAUAUCGCCGUACCCACACGGCCACACACACUCACACACACAUACUCGUACACACUCACGUAUUAUACACGUCGUCGUAUAAUAUUAUAAUAAUAUAACACUCGCACACGUAUAUUAUGUGUGGACGAGUGAUGUAGAUAAUAGUAUUAUAUUUUUGUGGUGAAUCGAACGCGCGAAAAAUCGCCUUGGCAUUUUUUUUUUUUUUGCUCUCGUUUAGCAGCCCUCCCGCGGUAAGUGUGUGCGCGCGCGCUCGUGUCGUUUUUCCACUCGUGUGUGCGGCCGUCGCCCAUCGACGGAUAGCGAUUUUGUGUGCGAGUGUGUGUGUGUGUGCCCGUGUGUGUGUGCGUGUGCGAGCCGCGUUUGUUUUUUCGUGCGACCGAUCUCUCUCGUCGCCGGAUACCCACGGACAGCCACUGGCCCGACGACUACCCACCCGGGAUCAGCGCCACCACGCCGGCAGCACCGGCACCACCAGAUAUGUGUACACGGACGAUGGCGUGCCGCCGGUUGUCGCCGCCGUCCUAGGAGGGUGACGGACGGCCAGAGUCGUUGUGUUUGACGACGACGACGACGCACACACCCACCCACACGCACUGUGCGUUUUUGGUGAGGCACGGCGCGUUGCGGGUCACUGUGGAGUGGCACGAGGUGUCUGCUGCUGCUGGCCGCGUUGGUGGUGGUGGUGGUGGUGAGUACGGCGGGUGGACAGCGCAGCAGGUAAUAACGGACGCGCUGCGGCAGCCCACUGUCCUCCGUCGUCGUGGUGGACCGGGCCGCAAGGUGCUGCUACUGUCAUCGCUGAAAUGGCGUGUUGCCUAUCUGAGGAGGCCAAGGAACAGAAGCGCAUCAACCAGGAGAUCGAACGACAGCUGCGGCGUGACAAGAGGGACGCCCGGCGAGAGCUCAAACUCCUGUUGCUCGGUACUGGUGAAUCGGGGAAAUCCACGUUUAUCAAACAAAUGCGGAUUAUCCAUGGUUCUGGUUACUCCGACGAAGACAAAAGAGGGUUCAUCAAACUAGUAUACCAAAAUAUAUUCAUGGCCAUGCAGAGUAUGAUCAGGGCCAUGGACAUGCUCAAAAUACAUUACUCUGAUCCAUCAUGUUCUGAACGUGCGGAGCUCAUUAAAAGUGUAGAUUUUGAAACCGUCACGACAUUUGAAAGUCCAUACGUCGAAGCGAUCAAAGCACUCUGGGGAGACUCUGGCAUUCAAGAAUGUUAUGAUCGCAGACGCGAAUACCAGCUCACAGAUUCUGCUAAAUAUUACUUAAGCGACUUACCAAGAAUCGAGGCCCCCGAUUAUUUACCUACCGAACAGGACAUUCUACGUGCUAGGGCUCCAACUACAGGCAUUAUCGAGUACCCUUUCGAUCUUGAUGGUAUUGUCUUCAGGAUGGUUGAUGUUGGAGGCCAGAGAUCAGAAAGACGAAAAUGGAUCCAUUGUUUUGAGAAUGUAACAUCUAUCAUAUUCUUGGUGGCACUUAGUGAAUAUGAUCAGAUUCUUUUUGAAUCCGAAAAUGAAAAUAGGAUGGAAGAAUCCAAAGCAUUAUUCAAAACUAUCAUAACAUAUCCUUGGUUCCAACACUCAUCUGUAAUAUUGUUUUUGAACAAAAAGGAUCUUCUCGAAGAGAAAAUCAUGUAUUCUCAUCUGGUAGACUACUUUCCAGACUUUGAGGGUCCUCAAAGGGACGCCAUAAGUGCACGAGAGUUUAUACUAAGGAUGUUUGUGGAUUUGAAUCCUGAUAGUGAGAAAAUAAUUUAUUCACAUUUCACAUGUGCCACAGAUACCGAAAACAUUAGAUUUGUUUUUGCGGCAGUGAAAGACACCAUACUACAAUCCAAUCUCAAAGAAUACAACCUUGUGUAAUGUUGCACAAAUAACGCGAAACCCCAUAUGUUAAUAUUUUUUACUAUUAUAAUGUUAAAAUAACAAUACGAUUAGUAUAAAUCCUAAUUAUAUACAAAAACAAACAACAAAAAAGUUAAAAAAAAAAAAAACGAGAAAAUGUAUCCUAUGUUUUUUGUACAAUAUUUUUAACAGAGUACGUUUUCUCUCACAUUUUUAUCUCCAUGAGUGUCAGUUUGUUAAUGUUGGUGUCGUGUGUGAGUCGGUGUAAAUCCGUCAUGAUUUCGAUAACAUAACAUAUAAAGGGUAACUUAAAUUUUUUUUUAAUACAAAUUUUUUACUCAUGUAAAAAUUAAUUGAAAGAAAAUUAUGAUUAAUACUUUUUAUAAGAGCGCAUUUUUUUUAAUUUAAUUUAAUUUUUUUUUUAAUUUAAAAAAAAUAUAUGGUUAAUCUCCUAUAUGUUCAUUGCAUUUAACCCUUAUGUUAUAAUAAUUAUACAAACUAUAUAAUAUUUAAAUAUUUUAAAAAAAUGUCAAUAUGAAAUACAUGUACAUAAAUCUAAUGAGAUUAAGAAAUUAUUAAUAUCAGAAUAUAAAUGUUUAAGUGUAAGUAAAAACAAAACAAUUAAACAAAAAAAACAAAUGUUAUUUCCUCACCCACCCUCCCUCCCCCCCCCAUUUACCCAAUUAAGUAUAAUUGUUUUCUUAAAUGAAAAAUUAUUUUUAUUUUAUUAACAUCAUGAGGUGGAGGUUUUACUUGUGCAAUUUUAAUAAUUUAUUAAACCCUUGAAAAAUGUGUAAGGGUAGUUCUAGUCAGUCUCGUUUAAAACUAUAAAGCAUACAUUUUAAGCAAAAUAUUGUGAAAUUUUCUGAGUUACCUGUGUAAAUUUUAUUGAUUAAAAAAAUGUAAUUUUUGGUAUUUAUAUUGAUAAUCUAUGGGAAACAUCUCAACAUUGUGCUCACCCCAUUUUCGCUCUGUAUUUUAUUUAAAUUUUAAGACACUCGUUUUACUUGUUAUUAUUAUUAUUAUUAUUAUUAUUAUUAUUAUUAUUAUUAUUAUUAUUAUUAUUAUUAUUAUUUAAUAUUUAUACAUAUAAUUAUAUGUGUUUGUUUGUGUGUGUGUGUGUGUGAAUGUGUGAGUGAAUACAUUAUGCUUAGAAGUCGAGAGAAUUAACCUCGACAAUCAAAACAUAUUAUACUAUCAACAAAUGGCGCUAAUUUUUUCUUAUUUUUUAAUAAUUGUUAACAUUAUUUUCAAAAUUGAGAAGACCCUCCCAAACAAUAAAAAAAAAUUAUCAAAAUAAAAUAGUUGUAGUAGUAGUAGGAGUCAACCUUAAUAACUAUGAUGGUUAACAACAUAACUAUUGCUUGUACUGUCUUGUACGACGGAUACACACACACGCACGGGCAUUGUGUACACCUCAAACACUGUUCUGAGCCGUUUACGUAUUAGAAUAAACUAUUGACGUUUAGACCAGCGCUCUUCUGCUUUACUAUUUGUUUGCGUGAAGAUGACCAGUUCGCAAUUUCAACGAAACAUGAGUAUCUAGUUAACAGUGAUCUAAUUCCCACCUAUUUCUACUUCUGCUACUACUACACCUCUGCUGUUUUCAUUACACAGACCAAAAACAGUGUUCUUAAUCAGUAUCUCAUCUUUCAUAUUUAUUUUUUCGGAAGUAAUUUAGUGAGAAUUUUCAAAUGUAUCAUCGGACUGACCUCGUAAUAAAUAUAUAUAAUGUACGUCUAAUAAUAAUGUUAUUAUAAUUAAUUUUUCUGGGGUGAUCACAUCAACUCGACCACCUGGUGUAUUUAAAAUUUAAUGUAUUUUUUUUCCUUUUUCCAUUGUAUAAAUAUUGUUUUAUACUAUUGCAAGCCAUUAUUUUCAAUACUUUUAUAAUAUGAUA